AUGAGAGCAUAUGUAAAGGACUACUGCAAGAGGAAUGGCCUGCUGACACUCUCAGUCCUUGCCGUAGUGACGGGCUGUGUGCUUGGAUUUGUCCUCAGGUCGCUCAACCUGUCCACGCAGGCAAAGAUCUACUUUUCCUUCCCUGGCGAACUGCUGAUGAGGAUGUUAAAGAUGUUGAUUCUUCCACUCAUUACCUCCAGUCUUAUGUCCGGCCUGUCAGCCAUGGACACAAGGGCAAGCGGUCGGCUGGGAGUCCUGACUAUCACCUACUACCUGUGGACGACCUUCAUCGCCGUCAUCGUCGGCAUCGUGCUGGUGCUCAUCAUACACCCUGGGACGGGCUCAGAGAAAGACGGCCACCAUGCAAGUUCAGGGCCUGUUAUGACCUCUGCGGACGCUCUGCUGGACCUCAUCAGGAACAUGAUCCCGUCAAAUCUAAUUGAAGCAACUUUUCAGCAGUAUCGAACAGACCUGGUUCCUAUUGUGCAGAGUUCUGAUGGAAAAGAGUCUCAGGCCAACUAUGUAUAUGUCAUGCCCGACUACCACAACCCUCAACUGGGCCACCCAGUCUUCCUGGAGAUCACUCCUGCUCCAGACAUCAAGUAUAAAAUCGUCCCCAGUACCAGCAAGGGCAUGAACGUACUGGGGAUUGUCAUCUUCUCGGCCACCAUGGGUCUGCUGCUGGGGAAGAUGGGAGAACGUGGAGCACCGCUGGUCAACGUGUGCCAGUGCAUCAACGAGUGUGUUAUGAAGAUCAUCAACGCUGCCAUGUGGUACUUCCCCUUCGGCAUUGUGUUCCUUGUGGCAGGGAAGAUCCUGGACAUGCACGACCCGGCCCACCUGGGAGAGAAGCUGGGCAUGUACUUCAUCACAGUCCUGUCUGGUUUGUUUGUGCACGGCCUCAUCCUGCUGCCUCUCUUCUUCUAUUUCUUCACUCGCAAAAAUCCGUUCCCCUAUAUCAGAGGGCUGCUGCAGGCUCUUGUCAUCGCACUGGCCACGUCAUCCAGCUCGGCCACAUUGCCAAUCACCAUGAAGUGUCUCCUGGAGAACUGUGGUGUGGACCGGCAGAUCGCUCGCUUCGUGCUCCCAGUGGGAGCUACCAUUAACAUGGAUGGCACAGCCCUGUACGAGGCAGUGGCGGCCAUCUUUAUCGCUCAGGUCAAUGAGUAUGACUUGGACUUCGGCCAGCUGGUCACUAUUAGUAUUACAGCAACGGCAGCCAGCAUUGGGGCAGCUGGGAUACCUCAAGCAGGUCUGGUUACCAUGGUGAUUGUCCUGACCUCUGUGGGAUUACCGCCUGCUGACAUCUCGCUGAUUGUGGCCAUCGAUUGGGUUCUUGAUCGGUUCCGGACGAUGAUCAACGUUCUUGGUGAUGCCUUAGCUGCUGGGAUUAUGGCUCAUUUAUGUAAAAAGGACUUUGAGAGAGCUGCCACUGCUCGUACAGGCACUCCCACACCUUCUGCCAAUAACGGAGGUGGCCCCCAAAGGAGAGACACAGUCAUCUCCUUUGGUAAUCAGAGCGUGGCGAUGUCUGAUGCUCCUCUCAUUGCACACCGCUGUGAUUACGUGUUUGAGGUGGAUGGAGACAACGUGCUGGAAAGACCUGUGGCCUGCUACAACCUCUGCCAAGUCUAA